AUGCCAGAAUCCAGGGUCGCCCUCUUUCUCGGCGUUGACAUUUCAAUCACGGUUCUAGCCUUAUCGGUCGUCGUAUUGAGAGUCUGGCAUCGAUGGUCGCAGAGCCGGCUCGCGAUUUCAGAUUACCUGGUCAGCACGGCCAUGCUAGCUGCUGUCAUACAUCUGAUUCUUGAUAUUACCAUCACGGCCGCAUUUGGCUAUGGCCGCCACCAAAGGGAUCUCCCGCCAGAUCUCCAAGGGUCCUACAAGACCAACCUCCAGCAGAUGUUCUGGCUCAUCCAAAUCUUCACCAAGCUUCCGCUUUUGUUCAGUAAACUCUCCCUGACGUUUGUUUAUCGCGACCUCAUGACCCUCGUCGAUCACCCCCUCGUCAAAUUCUCCCGUGCUGUUAACUACACCCUCAUGGUGGUUCUCGCGGGCUUCUUCACAGCUGCUACACUCGUGAGCAUGUUUGCCUGCGACCCGGUAUAUAAGAGUUGGCUACCUAAAGUCCCAGGGCAUUGCAUUGAUACAACGGUCAUGUUCAACUAUGUCACCGGCUCCGUCAACGUAUCUACUAGUAUAUGCCUGAUUUGCAUUCCGUUACCGGUACUAUAUCUGGCCAAGAACAAGCGCAUUGAAGUGAAGCAACUGACUGCUCUGAUCCUCUUUGGUUUGAUCGAUACUAUAAUAUCUAUAGUCCGCCUCUACAUGAUUACCGAUCUGUACAACGUCAAAACAGAUUUCACUUGGCUAAUCAUCCCUACACAUAUCAUGAUUGUCGUCGAAAUGAACAUUACCAUCAUUGCUGCCUCCUUGGUCGUCAUGCGACCCUGCUUUCAAGCCAUUUUUGACCUCGCAUUCCCCACGUCUCUCUACGCUAGCCACAAUGCAUCCAGCCGUGGAGACUCCAACUACCACAGCAGGAGGUCGGAUGGGUACAUCAUGAGCCUAGAUGAGAACGAUGGUGCUGUCCAGCGCGAAGAGUCCACUGGUCGGCGUGGAACGGGGGAGAGAAUAUUGAAGACAGUAGAUAUUGAAUUGGCGAGUAAGGACGCGAGUACGGAGGACAUACUUAAAGAAAACCGAUUACGAAAUCCAACUGACCGACCAGAAUGGCAUAACAAAUAA